AUGUUUCUUCAUCUUCUUCAAGGCUCGGCUCGUGCCACUUAUUUGCUCGACUUUAACUUCGUCCACAUCGCAAGCUGUUUUGCAAGCUUAGCGGCAGCCGAAGAUGAUAGACAUUCGAACUGCAAAAAUUCCACCACGUCUGAUGUAUUCAACUCGACAGAACACUCAGGUAUUUUCAGUUUUCGUUGUUGAAUUUGCAUUGGUCUAAGGAGCCUUAUGUUUGGUCUUUUUUUCUGGUUGUUUUUAAUUCUCAUUUAGUUUGUUUGGACCGGUGCUGGGAAACCAGUUUUUUAUUUUCGUGCUUUAAGCACGUGCUGGGUAAUUUAUUCGCUGUUAUUCUCGCACGUCUUUCGUUUUUUCUGCAAUCUCGCGUCCUGCACUGUUUUGUUAUUUGCAGUUGUGCUUAUUUUCUUGGAUGUUUGGUAAAUCAGUUAUUUUAUAUUUUUGAACACUUGCUCAUUUUGGUUGAGGACCAGCUACUUAAAAUCUUAAGCUUUUGUGUCUUUGUGUCGCCAGGUGACAUGGCUUUCCUUUUGAAAAGAGGAACCCAGUUUGAGCGACGAGUUUGGAAGCAUUGCCCAGUGUGCCACGUGGUGCCGCGAUAUUUUCUACCGAGGAUUCUUUGCCUAUCAGAUGGUGGUUAUAAGAGAGAAAAGACGUGAUAACGUUUUGGUCGAGAGCUAA